GCCAGAUUCCACAAUUCAAUGCCGUCGUCUGCUCUAAAGUUUGUGGCUUUCAUCACGAAUUUAACCGAUCAAUGGAGGUGGGAUUGUGUAAGUCUUGGGUAUUAUAAUCAAAGGACUUGGUUUGGUAAUGGAGAUUGGAGAAGGUGUUCACAAGACGUUCGAUGAAAUGCGUGAGAGAGGAAAAAUGCAACCAACGAUCGUGAUUUACAAUUAGCCUUAUUGGAUUUUUAUGCCGAGACGAUAAUCUCUGUCAAUCAGCGACCUUUUUCAUGCUGCGGCUCGGCUUCUUGAUGAAGAAAAUGCAUUCUCAGCUACCACAACCACCCUUGGCUCAGGUUCAGGUUCCACCGGAAUUGGUUUUGGUGCAGGAACAGGGUCAAGUGGUUCAGGUUCCACGGGAUUCGGUUUUGGUGCAGGAUCAGGGUCAUCUGGUUCAGGUUCUACUGGAAGCGGUCUCGGUGCAGGUACAGGGUCAAUACCAUCAAGUGGUUCAGGUCCUGGUCUUCUACCAACUGCCAGUUCUGUUCCUGGUUCUUUAGCGGGUGGUGGUUCAGGUUCCUUGCCUACCACUGGUUCAGCCACUGGUGCAGGUGCAGGUACCGGUUCAGCUCUUGGAGGUGGUCCAGGUGCUGGCUCAGCUCUUGGUGGUGGUGCGGGUGCCGGUCCAGCUCUUGGUGGUGGUGCGGGUGCCGGUCCAGCUCUUGGUGGUGGUGCAGGUGCUGGUUCAGCUCUUGGUGGUGGUGGUGCAGGUGCUGGUCCAGCUCUUGGUGGUGGUGGUGCAGGUGCUGGUCCAGCUCUUGGUGGUGGUGUUGCAGGUUCUGGUUCAGCUCUUGGUGGUGGUGCAAGUGCUGGUCCUGACAAUACGUUGGUAUUUUUUAUGCAUGAUAUACUCGGUGGUUCAAAUCCCACUGCCAGAGCCGUAACUGGAGUCGUCGCAAAUCCGGCUUUAAGCGGGCAACUUCCAUUUGCUAAACCCAACGGCGCAAACCUUCCUGUAAGCAACGGAGUUCCGUCAAACAACAACAACAAUGGGAUUGUCAACAACAACAAUGUCCCUUUCCUCGUUGGACUCGGCGGAACCACAGCUAACAUUCUCCAGAACAACAAUAACGGAAACAACAUUUUAAAUGGUUUCCCUGUUGCUAGUGGCGGUCAGCUCCCGAGCGGUUCUGCUCUUCAGAUGCUAAUGUUCGGGACAAUGACAGUAAUCGAUGAUGAACUAACUGAAGGCCAUGAGCUCGGAUCUGGCUUACUCGGGAAAGCGCAGGGAUAUUAUGUGGCGAGUGCAAUUGACGGAACUAGCCAGACAAUGGCUUUCACCGCGAUGUUUGAAAGCGGCGGUUAUGAAGAUAGUAUAAGCUUCUUUGGGGUUCUCAGAACAGCGGUAUCAGAAUCGCAUAUAGGAGUAAUGGGAGGUACCGGAAAGUAUGUGAAUGCGAGGGGAUUCGCGAUUCUGAAGACGUUUACAGGAUCUAGCGGGACGCAGCAGAAUCAGCCGCAUCAGUUCACUGAUGGGCUUGAGACUGUUGUUGAGUGUACCGUUUAUCUUUCUUACUAGUUUUAUUUUUCUUCUUUUGUUGGGGUUUGGGAAUGUUUGGUGUGUAUGUUAUGUGUGUCAUUUGUAAUCUAAAUAUGAAAUUUGUGUAAGAAAAUUGUAUGUACUUUUUUUUCUU